GAAACAAAUGUAAUCUAAUAUCCUAUCCAAUAGAGCAUCCCUUCGAAGCCAACCUUCUCUUUUCUUUCUUCUUCUUCAAUUCUGUUUUCCAAUUCUUUAUUUUAAUCUACUCUCUUCAUAUAGCUAUCUCAAUUAAUGCCAAUGGAGACUUUAUCUUCUCUUUGUACAACCCAAGCUCUUAUGGCUCGUCAUUGUUAUCCAAGCUCCAUCUCACUUGUUGGCUUCUCUUUGCCUGGUAAGACUCAAGCCUUCCCCAAGUGUAUCAAAAAACGAACUCUUGGAGUCGUGAAAGCAUCGGUCGCUGUUGAAACCAAGGUUGCUAUUAUCAGAAUUGGUACUAGAGGAAGGACAGCCCACUGGCACUUGCUCAGGCUCAUGAGACACGAGACAAACUCAUGUCGUUGCAUCCAGAGCUCACUGAAGAAGGGGCUAUUCAAAUUGUAAUAAUAAAGACAACAGGUGAUAAAAUACUAUCUCAACCACUUGCAGACAUUGGUGGGAAGGGCUUGUUCACGAAAGAAAUAGAUGAGGCACUAAUAAAUAGUGAAAUUGACAUUGCUGUCCAUUCAAUGAAAGAUGUUCCUACAUAUUUACCAGAUAAGACAAUUCUACCUUGCAACCUUCAGCGUGAGGAUGUCCGAGAUGCAUUUAUUUCCUUGAAUGCAGCUUCUCUGGCUGAACUACCUGCUGGAAGCACAGUUGGUACUGCUUCACUUAGAAGGAAGUCCCAAAUUCUCUAUAGAUAUCCAUCGCUCAAUGUGCUGGAGAAUUUUCGAGGUAAUGUCCAAACAAGGUUGAGAAAACUUAAUGAGGGGGUGGUCCAAGCAACAUUGUUAGCACUUGCUGGACUUAAACGCUUAAACAUGACAGAAAACGUUACUAAUGUUCUUUCAAUUGAUGAUAUGCUUCCGGCUGUUGCUCAAGGUGCAAUUGGGAUUGCCUGUAGAAGCGCUGAUGAGAAAAUGGCUAAUUACUUGGCAUCUUUGAAUCAUGAGGAAACUAGACUUGCAGUUGCAUGUGAAAGGGCCUUUCUUGAGACCUUGGAUGGGUCUUGUCGCACUCCUAUUGCUGGAUAUGCUUGCAGAGACGAGGAUGGCAAUUGCAUCUUUAGAGGUUUGGUGGCUUCCCCUGAUGGAACUCGCGUACUUGAAACUUCUAGAAAAGGUCCAUAUGCUUAUGAAGAUAUGAUAAUGAUGGGAAAGGAUGCAGGCAAGGAACUUCUUUCACGUGGAGGCCCUGGCUUCUUUGAUUCUUGAGUAGCUUAAAAAAGGCACAAGGAGAAACAGAACAACUCGGGGGUUUACGUUUAACUUCAAGGAAUAGAUCCAGAAAGUUCAAUUUUCCUCCUAAAUUUUCAUUUGUUGUAACAUUAAGAACGAUAGUUUGAUUGAUUUUAAGCUAGAAGAGAGUGUCCUAAUUAGUGAUGUGAGAGGCUUAGAUUAUUUUGUUCUUUAAUAAUAUUAGAGAGCCAAAUUUUAUCUC